AUCUGAUCAGGAUGCCCACUGGACACCUCCUGGUGGGGUUUACCAGGCACAGCCUACUGGGACAAGUCCCCGGGAAUCGUCCUAGGAACCACUGGAGGGAUUAUAUCUCCAAGUUGGCCUGGGAGUGGCCAAGGAAGAAGUUGCGGGGGACAGGGUCGCCUGGGAUUCUCCGCUCUCCCAACUGCUACCGCGACCCUAUCUGGACUAAGUGGUUAAUGAAAAUGAAUGAAUGAAUGAAUGAAUAUCCUUUUUGUUUUCUACAGGUGACAAUACAUGGGAUGCUACAUCAAGUGAAAACAGAAGUAAACAUAAGGACAUUGCAAGUAAGAAGUCAGACGAUGGGUUAAAGAAGGAAGACUCAAGUAUCAAGAUUUCAGAUGUCAUUUGUAGACUUCAUCUGAGUAAUUUCUAUCCACAUAAAUUGACAAUGGCAGAUGCACUCAAUAUAUGUAAGAUGUCAUUUCAGAAAGUAGAGUCGCUGGCCGGAAAGGAGCUGAUGAAUGAAGAGAAUGUGGCCUUUGUGUACCUACAUAAACUGUUGACACUGGAUUACAGAGCCAGAUUUGUGACAGUUAAUAAAAAAAGUUUCACCAGUGAAAUGGGGGGAAUAGCUGGUGAAAAUGAAGAGUUUGAUGAUUUUCUAAAUCCAGAGAAUGAAAGUAGCAAAAGUAAAAAAGAUGAAAAAACACCGAUUCACCCAAUGGAUGUCCAAAUGGCAGUUUUCCACUGCGCAGACAGUUUUCUGAGGCAGAACAUAAUGACUAAGCUCUCUUCCUGCCAGUACGCCCUGCCACUGCUGGUGCCCAGCCCUACAUCCGCAGACACUGAACUCCCUCUCUGGACAUUUCGGCAGAUCAAGAAGUCCUGGAAGUCAGUUGGUGGUCUCAGCACAUCGUUGCCUGUCUGCCAGGUUAAAGCUCCAAUGGUGUUUUUCUGCAGGCUGGGCUCUGUUUCCACUUCCAAAUCCCAGCUGCUGAAUUCUGUGAUUAACCCGAAGCACAACACCUUCUUCCACAGGGACUGCCCGGGCAGCAGCAGGAGCUGUCUGUUCAUGGAGGGGCUGGUGGAGAUUUCCUGGUACUGUCCUGCAGGAAACACUGAUGACCUUUUCAAUGAAUGCAUUGCGUUCUGCAAUCUUCGUGGUGAUGCUGUAGAGCACAAUAAACAAAAUGGCUUUUUGAGCGAACAAGCUACAGUCAUCGUUGUCCUGAUGCAAAACAUGGAGCUUAAUGAGAAAGCUAGGGAGUUGUUACAGACGCUCUACAAAGAUUCUUCAAAGUAUUUGAUCUGUGUCAUCAGUGAUCUACAGAAAGGUCCACUUAAGAUGGGAAAUGGAAAUAAUAUAAAAAUAGGACUCAGGGACAGAAACCAGGCUGAACUGCAAGAAGAACUGAUAGCAGCAAUCAGUAUGUGUUUGCAGAAAUGUAACUCAAGUCCCACUUUUAGUCUUGAGGAGAGCUCAAAACUGGCUAAACGCUGUGGCUUUGUAGUCGAUGAAGACAGUGAGGACUGCCAGGAAGGAAAGACUGGAGCUCUGGACGUUAUGCAGCUGCUGAAAGGAGACGAUAUCUCCCAAAUCAAGGCCAAACUCCUGCCCUGUCAGGGGAAACUGUGGCACGACUGGACCAGAAAUAACAAACGGCGUUAUCGCUUGUAUGGAGACGUUGAACAGACCAAGAGCAAGAUCGAGCAGGAAAUGAAAUCAAUAAGGAAUCAACAAAGGGAGUCUUCACUUGACUUGAUAAACCCUGUCAGUAAAAAUUUAAAUGUCAAGCACGUUACAAAGCAACGGUACUUUUUGAGAUGGCUUGGCGUCUAUCUAGACAUCUCAUUUUUACAUGACCUUUCUGAAGUUACUCAGCAAUAUUACAAACAGCUGUCAGACGUGCAUUUUUUGAAACAGAAACGUGAAAUAACAGAUGAUUACAGGAAAAAGCAGGAAGAACUUGAAACGUUAUCAGAGAAGGUAGAUGCAGUGACACUUGGCCUGGAGCACAUAGUCAGAGAAAUGGGUCAGAUUUAUGAAGCCUGGGCUGAAUGUCCUGACAAAAUGAGGCCAGAGGUUUCUAUUCUCCCUGCUCUGGCUGCAGACCUCCUGAUCUCUGGACAUCCACUAGAGCUGAUGGACGGAGAUGCUGCUCACGUCCCUUUGACCUGGAUAGAGUCUGUUCUGGACAAGGUCACUGAAAGACUGGGAGACCCGAGAGUGUUUGUGCUGUCCGUUCUGGGCCUGCAGAGCUCAGGAAAGUCCACCAUGCUGAACGCCAUGUUUGGGCUGCAGUUUGCUGUGAGUGCUGGCAGGUGCACAAGAGGAGCUUUCAUGCAGCUAAUCAGAGUGAAAGAAGAAGUUAAAGAAGAGCUUAAGUUUGACUACCUGCUUGUUAUUGACACAGAAGGGCUUCAGUCUUUACAACUGGUGGGCAAACAGUCAGCACUCACUCAUGACAAUGAACUGGCCACUUUCGUCACUGGUCUUGCAGAUAUGACCCUGAUAAACAUCUUUGGGGAAAAUCCUGCAGAAAUGAAGGACAUCAUUCAAAUAGUAGUUCAGGCAUUUCUAAGAAUGAAGAAAGUAAAACUGACUCCCAGCUGCAUGUUUGUUCACCAGAACGUUACAGAUAUCAGUGCCGGAGAGAAGAACAUGGAGGGAAGAAGGCAACUGCAGAAACAACUGGAUGAAAUGACAUGCUUGGCAGCAACUGAAGAAGUGUGCAGUGCAGAGUAUUUUACUGAUGUGAUCAAAUUCAACAUACAGACAGAUGUGCAUUACUUUGCCCAGCUGUGGGAGGGAAACCCCCCCAUGGCUCCCCCCAACCCACGUUACAGUGAAAAUAUUGAAAAUCUCAAACAGGCCAUUCUCGCAGCUGCAGCAGAAAAGAAAUGUCUAACACUCUCCGAGCUCAAAGUCCGUAUUGAAGACCUGUGGACUGCAGUGCUGAAUGAAGACUUUGUGUUCAGCUUCAAAAACACCCUGGAGAUAGCAGCAUACAGAAAAUUGGAGGUCAUGUAUGGGAACUGGACCUGGGCCUUGAGGGAAGACAUGCUCUUCAUUCAUAACAAAUUGCAGAACCUAGUUGAAAAUGGAAAGCUGGAAGCUAUUGAACAAAAACUGAUCCAUGAUGAAAUCAAAGGUACUUUCUGUGCUGUAAAGAACAAGAUGGAAACAUUCUUUAACGAAGAUAAAGAUGCUGAGAUCCUUUCUCAGUGGAAAGCAAGAACAGAACAGAGAAUUAAAGAUGUGUAUGACAGUCUGACUGAAGCGACUGCACGAAAAAUGACUGAACUCAUUAAAACGAAGGCAACAUGUAAAAAGCUAGAUGAGAAGAAAACACAGUAUGAGAACGAGUUGUUCAACAGUAGCAAAGAGUUGGCUUCCAGGCUGAAAGAUAAGGCCAUGAAUGAGAGGAGCCUCAAGCAAGAGUUUGACUCAAUGUGGGAGAAAUGGCUUUCAGAUCUAAAGGCAGAAAUGCCUCCAAUUGAAGAUGUCCAUGUAGAGCAGGAAGUGAUGAACAUACUGAAAACAGCUUUUGAGAGUCGUACCAUUUAUUCCAACAAAGACAGCGGACUUUACAAAAAUAUUCAGAAAAAGAGAGAAUAUUCUGAGUAUGUAACAGUUAAGAAAGGCAGGUUUGGCAUUUUAUAUCAUAGUUUGGACACCAAAGAUCAUGACUCAAUCAGAGAGCUAGUGCAGGAGAUAGUAAGAGAAGCUGAGGAGAUCAUUAAAAGUAAACCAGUGGACAAAACAGGCUACAGUGAUGCUUACACACAGGAGAUUGUGAAAUAUGUGAAGAUGAGAGUGUCAGAAUUUAAAAGUAAGAAAUUCACACUGAAGAAUGAUUUCACAGUGGAUCUGUCCCUGUAUAUCUGUGACAUUGCAGUAAGAAAGUUCACUGAGCUUCACAAGGUCUUCAGAGAGGCUAAUGAUCCCGUGAUUUACCUGGGAAAAAAGAAAGAAGAAUUUUUCUCCAUCUUCAAGAAGCAAUGUGAAGGAGCAACAGCCACCACUGUGUUUGCAGACUUUGUCUGUAACAAACUCAAGCCGUCUAUCCUGCAAUCUGUCUAUGACCAAACUGCCAUUGAUGCAGCUGGAGAAAUGAGGGCAAAUUUCCCAGCGUUCAAUGGGAACAGGUCAAACCUGGAAGUACACAUCCUGCAGGAUCUGGCAGAAGAUGAAAACUUUGAGCGAUUCAUCACCUACAUUGAGAAUCCAAAGAAACACUUCUCAGAUUUCAUAGAAACCAAAAUUGAAGAGCAAAUGCUGGAAGGGAGAAACCCCAGAAUAUUGGAAAUUCUGAAGAAUGCGGUAAAAAUGAAGCAGCCUAUUGUAUUCGCAGCCAUCCAGAAGGCCACACAGGAGACUAAACAGAACAAAGGAGAUGUGAAUGAGUGGCUGGAGAAGUUUUCGUUGGAGCUCGAACGUGAGAUGAAAUUUACUCGGCAAGAUCUAGUCGGUGCUCAGUACCAAGAAAUCACUGACACAGACUUUUUUGGUGAAGUGAUGAAUAAAACCCUACAGAGUGUUUUUAAGGAUAUGACCAACAGCUUUGACCACUUGUCUUCAGUAAGGAUGGACAUGUUCAGGCAGAGACCAGAAGAUAUUUUGAAAAACCAGUUGUGUGGCUGUUGGGUUCAGUGUCCCUUCUGUGCAGCUAUUUGUACCAACACCAUAGAAGGACAUGACGAGAAACACAGUGUUCCUUUCCACAGGCCUGAAGGACUCAAUGGGUGGUCGUGGUACAAGACAAAUAAUCUGGCUGUAGAUAUCUGUACCAGUUUAAUAACUAGUGAUGCUGCAAUAGUCCUCGAUGAAGAAACAAGUGUACCUUACAGCAGAUACUGGGAAGCUGGACCACAAUAUGCCUGUUGGAGCAUCACGCCUGACGCUUCAGAACAGGCUUACUGGAAAUGGUUUGUUUGUUGGUUUCAGAAAGACCUGGAGAAGUACUACGACAAAACAUUUAAGGGCCAAGGAAAGAUUCCUAUAGCCUGGAGGAACAUCACUAAGGAAAAUGCACUAGAAAGUUUACAGUAUUCUAAUGUACGAAGGAAACAGUAUGCCAUUACCAUGUAAUGAUCAAUGUAAACCGUAAAUUUAAACUGCCUUUAUUUAUUUAUUUAUUUAUUUAUUUAUUUAUUUAUUUGACACUCUUUUCUGGAUGAAUUUGGUCUAAAUAUUUCAAAUUCAGACAUCAAUAAAUGGUGAAAUUAUACCAGAAGAACACAAAUACCAUCUGAUGGUUUCAGUCAGCUUCUGGAGAUGAUGUCUGAUGGAUUGUUAUGAUUCCUACCAAGCAUCCAGCAACAAGUAUAACUCUACAAAUGCCAGAAUAUCUUGCAGCCACUAUAAUGGAUUUAGAAGAAGAUCUACCAAACCUAACAGUUUUUGCCAUGUUCACCAGAACAAUGGGGACGAGCUAUCAUCUUGACUAAGUACUUUUCAAAGAACUGGGCCGAUGCCCCACCAAUUGACUGAGUUCAGACUCUUUAUUUUUAGACAAUAAAAAAUAAAACUCCAC